CAGGCCAGCAGGGGGCAGCAGCGCUGUAGGCUGACAGCCGCAUCUGCGCCGCUCAGGCUGCACGCAGACAUUAGCAGCGUUGAAGCGGCGGGUCGCGGAGUAGACGCCGGGAUGGAUGAGGAGUAUUACGGAGGCUCCGCGGACUGGGAGGGGAACCCGGAGGACGGAGACGCGGAGGCAGACGGUCAAAUCCAGGAGAAGUGUCUGCAGAAGUUCUCCAGUAGGGACUACAUCAUGGAGCCCACAGUGUUCAACACCCUGAAAACUUAUUUCCAGGCAGGUGGGUCACCUGAGCACGUCAUCCAGCUCCUAUCUGAGAACUACUCCGCUGUGGCACAGACGGUCAACCUGCUGGCCGAGUGGCUCAUUCAGAUGGGUGUGGAACCUGCUCAGGUACAGGAGCGAGUAGAGAACCAUCUGAAGAGCCUCCUCAUCAAACACUUCGACCCUCAGAAAGCCGACUCCAUAUUCACUGUGGAAGGAGAGACACCGGCGUGGCUGGAGCAGAUGAUCGCGCACACGACGUGGAGGGAUCUCUUCUACAAACUGGCUGAGGCUCAUCCAGACUGCCUGAUGCUCAACUUCACAGUCAAGCUGAUCUCAGACGCUGGCUAUCAGGGAGAGAUCACCAGCGUUUCCACAGCCUGUCAACAGUUGGAGGUUUUCUCCAGAGUCCUGCGCACCUCUCUGUCCACGCUGCUCGACGGGGGGGAGCAGAACCUAGAGAAGAACCUGCCUGAGUUUGCUAAGAUGGUGUGUCAUGGUGAACACACGUACCUGUUUGCUCAGGCGAUGAUGUCCAUUCUGGCUCAGGAGGAGCAGGGCGGUUCGGCUGUACGGCGAAUCGGACAGGAAGUGCAGAAAUUCGCUCUUCAGAGUGGGCACGAUGCCAGUCAGAUCACGCUGGCGCUGGGCACGGCAGCAGCGUACCCGAGAGCGUGCCAGGCUCUGGGUGCCAUGCUGUCCAAAGGAGCGUUGAACCCGGCCGACAUCACCGUCCUCUUCAAGAUGUUCAGCAGUAUGGACCCUCCACCUGUAGAGCUGAUCCGGGUUCCAGCUUUCUUAGAUCUCUUCAUGCAGUCUCUUUUUAAACCUGGAGCAAAAAUCAAUCAGGACCACAAACACAAAUACAUCCACAUUCUGGCCUACGCAGCCAGCGUGGUGGAGACCUGGAAGAAGAACAAACGUGUCAGUAUCAAUAAGGAUGAGCUGAAGUCGACGUCCAAAGCCAUUGAAACUGUUCAUAAUCUGUGCUGUAAUGAAAAUAAAGGAGCCACAGAGCUGGUAGCAGAACUCGGCACCUUGUACCAGUGCAUCAGGUUUCCGGUGGUAGCGAUGGGAGUGCUGAAGUGGGUCGACUGGACGGUGUCUGAGCCUCGUUACUUCCAGUUGCAGACUGACCACACACCCGUCCACUUGGCUUUACUAGAUGAGAUCAGUACCUGCCAUCAACUCCUCCAUCCGCAGGUUCUGCAGCUGCUUGUCAAACUCUUUGAAACAGAACAUUCACAACUUGACGUCAUGGAGCAGUUGGAGCUGAAGAAGACGUUGUUGGACCGGAUGGUUCACCUGCUGAGUCGGGGUUACGUGCUGCCAGUGGUCAGUUACAUCCGUAAAUGUCUGGAGAAACUCAACACGGACAUCUCGCUCAUCAGAUACUUCGUUACUGAGGUUCUAGAUGUGAUCGCUCCUCCGUACACCUCUGACUUUGUCCAGCUGUUUCUGCCGAUCCUGGAGAACGACAGCAUCGCUGGAACCAUCCGCACUGAAGGCGAACAUGAUCCUGUGGCCGAGUUCAUUGCUCACUGUAAAUCCAAUUUCAUCAUGAUGAACUGAGAAGGAUCAGAACCGCGAGACCGUCACGGACAUCAGCGUUCAUCAUGCGCGCGGUUUGAGCUCCUGUGUGCGAAGCUGAUCAGCAUUGACGGUGGAAGAUGAGCAGAACUGUUUUCACAGUAAAUGUUGGGACUUUAAUUGUGAAAAGCUGUUUUGGUAAAUUGUUUUCUUAAAUCAUGCAUUGUAUUUUUCAUAAUUCUUUUGUUUGUACAAUAGAUGUUUUUCAUUUAAUAAAAGUUGGUGGUGUUGAG